UGUGUGUUUAUGUCCUGACUGCUGUGAAGACGUUGGUGGAGGAGGAGUAGACGUGGUGUGUAAGACAUGUGAAGCCAGCCAGGACCACACCUCAACACUACCAGCAGCCAGUCAACACACGUUGCCAAGGUAACUAAAGGUUUAUCAUGCAUCUGAAGUCAUAUCCCAAGCUUGUGCGCUCAGAGCUGCAUGUGGAUGCAGCUGCUGUUCACGGGUCGUCCCAGCGGAGCAGUCUGUUUGUGAGCCAGCAGGGAGGGAUGUUGAGGACCUUCACCAGUAACCAUGGCAACAUCAGCAGCAGCAGAUGUCUCCCUCUUAGCAUCAUGUCCAACAACACGCUCUGCUACACCAACACCAUCAGCAAUGUGACUUCACUCCGGCUCAAAAUGCCAUCCCACAUCUCCCUGCAGCCUCCCCCCUCACCUCCUGGCAGCGAAAAGUCACAUGGACUGUAUCAGACCAGGACUGAGGACGUUGACACAGGACUGAACAUGUGGACUGUUAUCAAACCCGGACAUGUCCGGGAGAAGAUUGCUAUCUUUGCUUCAGAAGACAGGUGGGCAGAUGGGGCCGGAGGAUGUCAGGAAGGGAACACAAACAGCCUCUCCACAACGGGAAUGUCCCGGGCGGUGAAGACGAAGUGGGGCUGGGAGGAAAACUCCUCCACCAAACGUCGUCGCUUCAACCAGAAGUUCCAGCAGGACAAGAGGACAGGGAUCCUGGAUGAACCAGCUCCACGGCAGUCAGAUGGCAGUCUGUGUGGGGGGCGGCUGGGGGAGGAGGAGGAGCAGGAACAGAAGUUAUCUGUUGUGGAAAUGGUGGCGUUCUUGGAGCAGAGGGCCAGCGAGCAACAGCCAGACCUGAAACCUCUCCUCGCCCUCCAGAGGAGCUCCACCACCAUCACGCUUGCCAAAGUCCUGCCCCUGGAGACAAAAGGGGAGGAGCCAGAGAACAUCCGGGUGUCAGAGAUGGUAGCCAGGCUGGAGUCGGAGUGUUUGAAGAGGAGGACGGAGGAGGGUCUGUCCAGGAGCAACAGCCUGAGACGAGCAGUGGGACGGGUGCUGCUUGCCAGUGGGGCAGCGGUGACAUCAUCAUCAUCAGCUGGAGCUCUGAGUCAGAGCGAAAAACCAGCACUGAAAAUGACCCCACCUUCAGGUGAGCUGUUUGAGGGGGGAGACAAUGUCACAGAGGUUCAGCCUCUAGCUCCGCCCCCUCCAUCUGAGGAGGCAGAGCCUCUGCCAGGCUUGUUGUUUCUGUCUCUGCCCCCUUCUGAGAUGACCCCCCCACAGACCCCACGCUCAAACCUCUGCACCCCUCACUACAGAACCAGCUUCUACCUGGAGCCAGCCCGGGCCCAGACCUUGCAGCCACCUGUAAGCCCCGUCUCCUGUGGCUCUGGCAGCCAGUCAGAGGAAACUGUGUGUGUGCCCCCCUUCUCUGUCGCAGUGCCUUUCAUCCGGAGUGCUUCAGCAUCACAGGACUUUCUGGAGCGGCGCCAGCGACUGCAGCGUCUGCUGGCGCCGCAGCCGUUUCUGCUGAUGCUGCCACACCACCUGCUGGUCCAGAUCCUCCUGCUGCUGCCCACUCAGAGCCUCGCUGCGCUCAAAUGCUCCUGCACCUACUUCAAGUUCAUCAUCGAGAACUACGGCUUGCGGCCUGCAGACUCACUCUGGGUGUCCGACCCCCGUUACCGUGACGACCCCUGCAAGCAGUGCAAGAAGUGCUAUGGGCCCGGAGAUGUGUCGCUGUGCCGAUGGCACCACAAGCCGUACUGCCAGGCGCUACCGUACGGGCCGGGUUACUGGAUGUGUUGCCACAGCACCCACAGGGAUGCACCUGGCUGCAAUGUUGGUCUCCAUGACAACCGAUGGGUGCCCUCCUUCCACAGCAUGAAUAUGCCCAUCUACAGGAGGAGCUGUAACCAUGACAACUGAGUGUUUUCUUUUUUAUCAUGAAACUAGGUUGGGCUGCAGCAGCUGUUUGACUUCAGAUCUUUAGUGAGGACCCACAGGGUUAAAUGGAGGUUGAUGUUGUUCUGACUGAACACUGCAAACAAAACAAGGAAUUUUACUCUACCUAAACCAAGUCAAAGCCCAGAAAUUUGGGUUUAUGAUGUGGAUUUUUACAAGUUGUCGUUCUUCAUCAAGACCAGGUCUGUGUUAGUCUGUUUUCAGGGGUGAUAUGGUGUAAAAAAAUCACACAGCUGGAAUCGUGAUGGUGGAAAAUGUUCCUGAUCUAAAGGGCCUGUAGCUCUGCUCGCUCAUCAGGAUUAAAUAUUAAUUCUUUAAACUCAGAGUUUGAGUAUAAAAUCACUUUAGAAGCAUCCAGCUGAUGGUUGAAAGUAAAACCAUGCACAGCCAACAUGGACGUCAUACUGUCCAUCCUCAGUCAUGUGACAUCGUUGCUGCUGUAUUUAUGUAGAAUGUUUUUUUUUUUUUUUGACUGUUUUUCCUUCUGAUGUAAUAAAAUCAUGUUAAAACUCUGGUUGAACAGCUGCUGCAGCCCAUCAGCUCUCAUGAUGCAACACUUGCUUCAGUUUUCCUGAAAAAUGCAACAGAAGCAAAACAUUCUUUCAUUCAGGCACAUUCAGUCAGCUGGAGGGAAAAAUACCGAAAAGACUGAAAUAAUUUAUUCUUAAUGAUUGAAGCUGAAAUAAAUCUGUCCUGUAAAAUUAAGUCUGAAAGGAUUUAAGGCCACUCUGUUUUUUAAGGAAAACUGGAGCAACUGCCCCCACCCUGCCCCGCUCAGACCAUCACCUCUCAGCUUCAGGAGUCCUCCCAGCUACAACCCCUCUGAGUCCAGAACCAAACAUUGGCCCCAUCAGCUGACCGGAACCAUGACAGAAGUCUCUGGUUCUCCCACAGCAGGAUUGGCCACCAGCCGCCUUCUGCAGUUUCACAGCAGAUUCUCAGGAACGAUGAGCUCUGAGGUCCUGCAGCCCAUCGGGCGCUGCUAACACAUCAAAGGGAGGUUUUUUAUGGAUGUGAUGGAGGACAAAGUGGACCAAUGUGGAGUUGAAACCAGAAUUAGCUGUUUCUGUAAUGGAAAUCAAACGUUUAAACAUUUCUCAGCUCCACAUGCUGGUUUCAUCUUCCAUCACACUAAAAAAAACCAAGGAGUUUUAAUCUGUUGAUUAGCUUUAAUAAACACAGAAGGGUUAAAUUCCUCCAAAGGAGACCUCUUCUGGGGCUCAUCGGUCCAUCAGAAUUCUCUUGAGUUCUUUAAAAGGGCUCUAGUGUCUUCAGGUGUCUCAUUGUUUUUAUCAGACUAAGGUUUGAACAUUUCAGAGGUUUUAAACCUUCCAGUAAUCCGUUAGCUCAGCUUUAACUCCACCUGGCUGUCAGGUGAGUGGGGGCAGGGCUUCACUGGGAGGCGAGUUGUUCAUAACAGAACUGACUGAUAAUCAUUGUUUUCGUUGGGUGGAGAGAAAAGUGGCCUUGCGUCUGCGACAAUGCAAUAAGAGAAACUGGACUGUAAAGAUUAUUUAAAGACUAUAUGAGGAAAAUGUGUUUGUCUGCUGGCUUUUAAAGAUGUUUUACUUUAAUAAACUGUUUUCUGAUC